CAGUUUCCGCGCCCAGAAGCUUCCUGGACGACACGGCUCCACUCUUCUCAUUGUAAUUGGUCCAGAAAUAAACGGUAUCAACAGCGGAGGACAAGAGGAAGAGUAGGGUGCUGAGGAUUGCUGCGUUAGAGAGGCCAUUGGAUGACCUGUACCUGUGGGACUAUGGGUCUGGACAGAUGGAUCCCGUCUCCUCCCGAUCUCUCUGCGAUGAAUUUGGCCCGGAUUCAUGACAAACACAAGCUAAAGAAGUUCUGGGAGCAGAAGAUAGAGAGACACAGUCAGAUGAUGGGGAAUGAAGAAUUCAGAAUGAAGAGGAGCGCUCUAUCAAAGUUACGGGAGGAGUGGCUGCAGAGGCUACAGAGUCGGAACCAGCACGUGAACGAGAUCAUGAGAGAGGAGGAGAUUAGAAAAGCCCAGAGAGUCCAGGAGUUCUUAGGGCUUCAGAGAGGCAACUGAAUUUUGCUGCCACCAGAAUCAGAUUCAUAUCUGCUUUUCUCUGCUAUUGUGUUUGUGAUUUCAGAUGCUGUAUCUUCACAUCGUCUAUAACCUAAAGUGUAAA